AUGGAGGCCCAACAGUUCGGAGAGCCACUCGUCAACUUCUCAGUCGACCUGUACAGGCAACUCCUCACGAAAAAGCACCAAAGAGAAAACAUUUUCUUCUCUCCAUUCAGCAUCUUUGUGGCACUCUCCAUGUCUCUGGCAGGGGCACGAGGAACAGUCGUUUCCAGUCUUGGACACCUACCUCUCAUUCUAAGUUAUUGUUAUGACACCACCGUGGAGUCCGUCGACUUCAAGAACAACUACGAGAAGGUACGAGGCCAGAUAAACGCCUGGGUUGAACAUGUCACAGAAUCAAAGAUCAAGGACAUUUUGCCCGACGGGAGCGUGAAUGAUCUGACCAUCCAGGUCCUUGUUAACGCCAUCUAUUUUAAAGGCCUCUGGAACUCUGGGUUCGAUGCCGAUUCAACGCGCCCUAUGUGUUUUCAUCUCGAUUCGAAGAAAAAAAGAAUAGUAGACAUGAUGCACCAGAAAAACGAUUUCAUGAUUGGUAGAAGCGAUGAGCUCAGGGCAAGUGCUUUGGAAAUACCGUACCGUGGCGGCAAGGCCUCCAUGGUCGUUCUUCUUCCCGACAGCUACGAUGGACUGUCCAAACUUGAGAAGCGAUUGAACGCCGAGAAACUUCUUCGGCUCUUCAGAAAUCUUCACCCUCGCUCCAGGAUCGAUCUCUUCCUCCCGAAAUUCAAGCUGGCACAUUCUAUAAAGCUUAAAAAAACAUCGAUUGCCUUGGGAGUGAAAGAUCUCUUCACGCCGGCUGCUGACCUCACUGGUAUCAGUGCUAGUGGAAAGCUCUUGACCUCGCAAGUGUUCCACGAGGCCUACGUGGAGGUCAACGAAGAAGGCAUGGAAGCUGCCGCUGCGACAGCUGUGACCCGUGUGCUCUGCUGUGCUUCUCCGCAAUUUAACAUAAACCGACCGUUCAUGUUCGUCAUAUGCAGCCUUGAUCCGGAAGCUAUACUUUUUAUGGGUUCCAUUCGUGACCUUGGAAAGAAGUAGUGGUGAUCCCAGAGGCUUAAUAUUAUGCCUGUGGGCAUAGUGACUGUCCAUAGAAGCGAUAGCCCAAUUAGUGUUGCCCCUUUGUGCACGGAUACACCUACUGCAGGUUGCUGUUGUAGCGGUCUGCUUGUAGUCUACUGCAGUAGUAUGACGUAUUUGUUGUUUAGCUCAAUUCAGGCCAAAUUUAUGCACCAUAUAAACCGAAAUAUAGGUCGAGACAUUUUUCCCUAAAACAGUAGGUAAACUCGGCCCUUGGUUUAAUAGCAAUCGUUAAAGAACAUUGUGAGUCGUCGUGUGGACAAGUCAAGGUCAGGGGUUGACCUUUAUUCCGAGCCAACCUAUAUCCUGAUUAUGCGGUACUAUGUAAACGUUCUGAUCCUACGCAAUUUUUCGUGUUUCUAGUCGUUGUAAUAUUACACCGACUUUAUUCUCGGGUUGUGCUGGUAAAUUGUUAGAUACUCUCGCGGACCUGGUAUUCCGUUAUUUAGAACCAGUCUAAGUGAUCUUUCCCACCAAAAUUCUGCGGUUAACUGUGAGGCUUCAGCGACAAAAACAUCUCACACGAAAGUUCAAAAACAGAUUCUUCGUAAGAAGGCAGAAGCAGCCAGCCAGACUAAUCUUGACAAACUGGUUACAUCGCACAAACUGGCCUUUAAGUUCCUCAUACUUCCCGAAUAAAAAAAAAAAGUGGCAUACCUUACACGUUGCGAGUGUCCUGCAUUCGAACACCAGAGGGCGCAAGAGCAUAAAAUUUGAGGCAUUACGCAUUACGCAGGGAUACAGCAGGUAAGCCUAUUUGAAACAGUUACAACUCCUUCCCUUUAUGCGUUACGUUUAAGUACUACAUUCACUUUAUGUGGCACUUGAAAGGGCUCUUGAAACCAUCGUUUAGGCAUAAGGUGUAACCUUCUGUCAAGAUAACAAUAACGUUCGAAUAUUGAAAAGGUGACAGGUAACCGUUUCGUGGUCACAUGGAAACAACCAUACAGUGGUUUCGUCUAAGAGGAGAUGGGUAUACUAGGCCUCAAUCGAAAAGUAAUUUGAGCGUAACUUUGUAAAUUUAAGGUAACUGCAUUGUAAUUACCCUGCAUUUAAGAGACUGUAACUGUUCAAGCUGUACUUAUUCUCUAGAAACGCACUUAAUAUCCUGCAAGAAUUUUGCGUUGACGCUUACUUUGUCACGUGGGCUUAUGACAUAACCUACAUCUGAGGAAGCUUCGAAGCAAAAACAGUCCUAUAUACAUAGACAGAAACGGAAAGAUUGUUUUGCUCGCAACCCACUGCACUGAACUUUAGAAAGUUGUUAGAAAAAAAAAAGCUAGAAUCUACCGGCCUUGUGAGAAGUUAGAACAUUGGGCUGGAGCAUUGGAAGCCAUCGGUUCUUUCCCAAGACAGCUGAAAAUAUGAGAGUUAAGCUGAAUCUGAAGCACUCGGCAUUAAAAGCAAUAUCAAAAUUCUGUAAAACUAAAUUUUGCGAGACAUAACGCGUGCAAAAUUGACUGCUCUGGUUUAUACCAACCAAUUGUAAGUAGAACACUUACAAAAUCACCGUUAACAAAAGAACACUCCCACGUAAACUGAGAAUGCACCAUAUAUGUCUGCUUCAGACUCUAGGAGAUGCAUAUUACAGAAUUCUGAUACUGUUUUUGGAUAAGAGUUACAGAGUGAUAAAGUUUCUCCUUAUU